GGAAAAGAAAGGAAAGGAAAGGAAUAAAUAAUUCCCUGAAAACAAACAAAACAAGGCAGAAAAAUCCCAAAACAGAGAGAGAGAGAGAAAAAAAAGAAACUAGCCGUUUUUCUUUUGGAUCAAUCGGAGAUCUACUAAAUUUUUCCUCGAGAAAUAAACUUUCCCGGUUGAUCCUUACAAUAAAAAAAAGGAAAGAAAGAAAAAAAAACCAUCACUUUACAUCUUUUUUUGAAUUUUCACAAAUCUUUUGGGAAAGUUUCAGAAACGAAAAAAGAAAAUGAAUAUAUUCAGAUUAGCAGGGGACAUGACCCAUUUAUUCAGUGUUCUUGUUUUGCUUCUCAAGAUCCACACCAUCAAAUCUUGUGCUGGCAUUUCCCUGAAGACUCAGGAACUCUAUGCUAUUGUCUUUGCUACUCGCUAUUUGGACAUAUUCACUAAUUACAUCUCGCUUUAUAACACGAUUAUGAAGCUAAUAUUCUUGGGGAGCUCUUUCUCAAUUGUAUGGUACAUGCGACGCCACAAGAUAGUUCGUAGAUCUUAUGAUAAGGACCAGGAUACAUUUCGCCAUUAUUUCCUUAUGCUGCCUUGCCUAAUUCUGGCCCUUAUUAUAAAUGAGAAGUUCACCUUCAGGGAGGUGAUGUGGACAUUUUCCUUAUAUUUGGAAGCUGUUGCAAUACUUCCUCAGCUUGUAUUGUUGCAAAGGACUAGAAAUAUUGACAACUUGACAGGACAAUAUGUGUUUCUCCUCGGUGCAUACCGGGCAUUCUACAUAUUGAACUGGAUUUAUCGGUACUUUACUGAAGAGCACUUUGUCCACUGGAUAACUUGGAUAUCAGGGCUUGUCCAGACAUUGCUUUAUGCUGAUUUCUUCUACUAUUACUUCCAGAGCUGGAAGAACAAUGUCAAGCUCGAAUUACCUGCUUAAGAGUUUUUAGCGGUGCAAGUUUGUAAGUGGCAUGCAUAGGUAUAAGCUGGUCUGAUUGAUUAUCGAUACUUGGCAUUCGUUAAUUUGCCCCCAUGUUUUGGGGUACUUUUUGCAAACUUGUAGGCAACAAAACUUGGUUUAAUACCCUCAAUACCAUAUCCCUUAAGAGAUUCUAGUGCAUAUUCUUUAUAUAAAAGCUGAUUGGAUAAGUAAUUUUAACCCACAUUACCAUACUGUGGAUUCUUUGUAAUGUAAAAAAUUUUAAACUUAUUCAAAUGGUUGUGCAUGUGGACU